AUGGAUCCGUGCAAGGUGAGAGCAGUGACAAACAUCACUGUUGGACGGCAGUACCAAGAAUUACUGGGAUUAUUGUUGUCUUCUAUUGUGACUACAGUGCCAUGUUGUGUGUUUCUCUUCAUUAAUGUGACCUUGUUAUUCACCUUGAGGAGUAAACCAGUGUUUUGUGAGACCUCUCGUUACAUUCUGCUGUUUAACCUCCUUUUUGCAGACACUGUACAGAUGGCAGAGAGUCAGUUAAUGUACAUAAUCGCUGCUUGUAGAAUAACAAUGACGUAUCCUGUGUGUGGCUUUCUCAACAUGCUUGGUUAUCUCACAAAUGAAAUCUCUCCUCUCACACUGGUGGUGAUGUGUCUGGAGAGAUUUGUAGCUGUGUGUUACCCACUGAGGCACGCUGCCAUCAUCACCGUCAGAAACACAGGGGUGGCUGUUUGUGUUGUUUGGGCCUUCAGUUCACUCAGUGUUUUUAUCCAAGUUCUUCUAAUGUUAAAAUUUCCAUUUGCAGAGCUGGAGAGUCUGCAGAUGAAUGAUUUUUGUGGCAAAGACAAAAUGAUGUUUGAUCCAAUAGCUGCUGAUUAUGACAAUGCCUUCAAUAGCUUCCUCUUUGCAACAGCUGGUGUGGCAAUCAUUUUUUCCUAUAUUGGUGUAAUGAUAGCAGCCAGGUCGGCCUCCACAGACAAAGCUUCAGCCCGUAAGGCUCGUAACACACUGCUGCUGCAUCUGGUGCAGCUGGGCCUCU